AACGAAGUUCACAAAAGCAGGUGGGCUUGGAUGGAAUCAAAACGUGCAGCAACUUUGACAGUUCGUCGUUUUGUCGUGCGCAUUCGAAGUUUUGUCGAUAAAAAUUAAGAAAAAAUAAUGGAAGAAAAUAAUGCUAAAACUGAUCAGAAUAAUCAAGAUGACUCAGAUUCUGAGGUGGACGAGGUUGAGCCAAAGCUCAAAUUUGUUAGAAUGGGAAAUGAUUUAGAACAUAUUUUACAAAAUGAUGCUGCUAGUUGUAUUGCUGUACAUCCUAAGUUUCUUUGCUUGGGAUCACAUUGGGGAAUGAUACAUCUCUUGGAUCAUCAGGGCAAUAAUAUACAAUCAAAAACUCUACAGGCACAUAUUGUUGCUGUUAACCAAAUUUCUAUAGAUCAUAAUGGUGACUUUAUCGCAUCCUGCAGUGAUGAUGGCAAAGUUUUUAUUUACGGUUUAUAUAGCACAGAAAAUAAUCACAAUAUAAAUCUUGGUAGGCUUGUCAAGAGUAUAGCUAUUGACCCUAAUUAUUAUAAAAGUGGUAGUGGAAGAAAAUUUAUUACAGGAGACGACAAAUUGAUUUUAUAUGAAAAAACAUUUUUAUCCAGAAUGAAGUCAACAAUUCUUUCCGAAGCAAAAGAUGGAGUAAGAUCUGUAGCAUGGGGUGGUCAAUUUAUAGCUUGGGCAUCUGAUACAGGUGUCAGAGUAUAUGAUUCAAAUGCUAGAUGUUUUUUAAGUCUUAUUAAAUGGACUAAAACCGAAGAAGCGCUACCAGAACACUAUAGAUGUAAUCUUCGUUGGUCAGAUGAUCGAACAUUACUAAUUGGAUGGGUGGAUAUAGUGCGUAUUUGCCAAAUAAAAAAGAGAUCUGUACAAGAAAUGGUUAAUAGAGAUUUACCUGAAUUUGUAGUAGAUCCAGUUUCAACAUUUCAAGUGGAUUUUUAUAUAUCCGGUAUUGCACCUUUAGAUAAUCAACUGGUAUUAUUAGGAUGCUUAAAAGAAUUAGAUAAAGAUGGAAAAAGUCAAAGACCAACUUUGCACAUUGUUGAGCCAAAGUGUGAAGACUUUUCUGUAAUCUGUGCAAAUUCGUUGAAUUUGCGAGGUUAUAAAGAAUAUACCUGUAAUGACUAUCAUUUAGAUUGUUUGACAAAUGAAAACAGGUUUUUUAUUGUAAGUCCAAAAGAUGUAGUUGUAGCGAGUUUGUAUGAUUGUGAUGACAGGAUCGAAUGGUUAAUAAGCCAUGGAAAAUUUGAACAAGCAUUAGAACUUGUUAGUGGUAGUGAUGGAAAAGAUUGUAAAAGACAUACUUUAGUUAAUGUGGGUCGUAUAUAUUUAGAUCAUCUAUUGGCUUCUGAGAAGUACGAUGAAGCAGGAAAAUUGUGCCUAAAAGUUCUAGGCCGGGAUAAAAACUUGUGGGAAGAAGAGGUAUAUAAAUUUGCAAGGGUUCAUCAAUUAAGAUCAAUUUCUUCUUAUCUCCCACGAGGUGAUGUAACUCUAGAUCCAUUAAUUUAUGAGAUGGUUUUAUACGAAUAUUUAAAAAUAGAUCCAGAUGGUUUUCUUCAAUUAGUUAAAGAAUGGUCACCAACAUUAUACACAGUUGCAGCUGUUGUUAAUGGUGUUUUGGAACAUCUUAUAGUUCAUAAUCAACGACAAAAUGUUCUUUUAGAAGCUUUAGCAAUUUUAUAUAUUCAUGAUGGGAAAUAUGAUAAAGCAUUAGCAAUGUAUUUAAAACUUAGACACAAAGAUGUAUUUCAUUUGAUACAAAAAUAUCAAUUAUAUUAUUCUGUAUAUGAUAUGAUUGAAAAAUUAAUGGAUUUAGAUGCUGAACGUGCAAUACAAUUUUUUUUGGAAAAAGAAAAAGAUGAAACGAAGAAAAAAAAAGAAAAUUUCAGAGUACCACCUGAAAUUGUUGUUCAUGAAUUGCGACACAAACAUCUUUACUUAUAUUUGUAUCUAGACGCUUUAGAUAAAAAAAAUACAAAUGAUUCCAAAGGGAAAUAUCAUGGAUUACUAGUUCAACUUUAUGCAGAUUACUCUAGAGAUAAACUACUUCCACUUUUACGUCGUUCCGAUAAUUAUCCAAUACAGGAAGCAUUAGACAUUUGUAGUCAACGAAAGUUCUAUCCAGAGAUGGUGUAUCUUUUAGGAAGAAUAGGAAAUAUAUCCGAAGCUUUGGCUCUUAUGACCAGAGAAUUAAAUGACAUGGAAAGUGCUAUUGCUUUUUGUCAAGAACACGAUGAUGAAGAAUUGUGGAAUGAUUUAGUAAAUUAUUCUUUGGAUAAACCAAAGGCUAUCACGUUUCUUCUUCAAAAAAUUGGUACAUAUGUUGAUCCUAGACUAAUGGUACAGAGAAUAGAUCCAUCUUUAGAAAUACCUGGCUUAAAAAAAGCUUUGGUUAAAAUGAUGUGCGAUUAUAAUUUGCAAGUAUCUAUACAAGAAGGAUGUAAGAAAAUUUUAUCUAAUGAUUAUUUUAAUCUUCAUGAAAGAUUGGUUCGUUGUCAUCAAAAAGGUAUACUUAUAAACGAUGAUCAGUUGUGUGGAGCUUGUCAUAGAAAGAUAAUUAUGGGAGAAUCAAAAAAUUUGGUCAUAUUUUAUUGCAAGCAUUCAUUCCAUGAGGAUUGUUUACCAAAUUUUAAAUUAGUGGAAAAUUGUGUAAUUUGUAAUUCACAAAAAGAAACUUCACCAGGUAGGAAAUGAUACAGGUAUAGUAAUCUUUGAAAUUUGUCUCAUUGAAAUAAAUUCCUGACUUUCUGGAUAUAUGGAAAAUGCCUUAAAAUAUUGUAUUGUAAAAUCUACUACAUGGAGAGGUUUCACUGCAAAAAUUAAAACAAAGUAUCAGGAGGCAUGAGAUAAGUAUAUCAGUAAAUCUCUUUGUGUACUUGUAUAAUAUAUACAUUAAUUGAUGUAAAAAAACAUUCUAUAUCGAAUAAUAUUAUAAAUAUUUUAUUGUAUUAUAUAUAUAUAUUCUUGUAUAGACUGAAUUAUUCUUGAUAUUACCUUGCAUAAAUUAAAUUAUUGCUAAGUUUGCUUACCAAUUAGCAAAGUUUGUGUAUAGUCAGCUAUUAAAUGCUUUACUUCAAGAUGACUAAUUAGAUACUCUAUGAACUUUGUUACUUCAUUACACUGUAAAAUAACAAUCAAUCAUUAUACAUAAUUGUAUAAUCAAUUGUCUAAUAUACAUUGAUAAUGUAAUCAUA